UCACGAGCACGGUUAACUUCAGCCCGCUUCUCUCCAGCCGCUAUUCGGUAAGCUUGGUUGACACAACGAGGCAAUUCGAAAAGUAUUUUUCCUCUGUGACAGUGUUAUCGUUAUUCUGUGAAUAUUUCCACUUACGCACGACUGUCCGAAAUGGGGACAAAGUUUGAACGAUAAGUAUGGCGUGAUUUAGGUAAAAUCUGUUUGAACGAACGAAACAUAACCUCGUUUAGUAACUUUUGUUGCAUUUGGUGCGGAGUGAAUCGGCCGAUAAUCCGCGUUCAGAAUGGCGGUCGGUUCGACGAAGGUUGUCCAGGUGACCAAUAUUGCACCUCAGGCUACCAAGGAUCAAAUGCAGACGCUCUUCGGAUACCUCGGCAAAAUUGAAGAUAUCAGAUUGUACCCCACAAUCAGGGACGUCGCCGUGCCCGUACAGUCACGCAUAUGCUACAUUAAGUUUCACGACCAGGGCUGCGUUGCUGUGGCACAGCAUAUGACUAACACGGUCUUCAUCGACCGUGCACUAAUUGUGAUCCCCUAUCAGAAUGGAGAUAUUCCAGAUGAACAGCGUGCUCUUGAGCUUACUAACAACGGCACAGUUGUGCCAGGCCUCUAUCCAUCGGAGCCGAAGCUGCCACCGAACGUGGUGAACGCCAUCGAAGGUAUCCCUCCGAACCACGUUAUCACUACAAUGGACCCGAAGUUAGAGGCGAAUGGUCUGCCACCCUAUCCGCAUCUGCCAGGCCACUUGGAUAGCAGACGCAUCGAGGAGAUCCGACGGACGCUGGUAGUGGCGAAUCUGGAUGCGUCGGUGAGCGCCGAGCAGCUGCUGGAAUUCUUCGGCAACAACAACGUGGAGAUCAAGUACCUGCGUAUGUGCAGCAGGGACUCGGACACCGAGCACUAUGCGCUGGUGGAGCUGUCGGAGCAGGCUGUCGUGGUCGCCGCUCUAUCGCUAAACGGCAAGUCGCUGGCGGAACGACCGAUCAAGAUCUACCACUCGACGCAGGCGAUCGCGAAACCCGAGGCGAAGAGCAACGAGGCCGCACAGAAGGAGAUCGAGGAGGCGAUGUCGCGGGUGAAGGAAGCGCACAAUCUCAUCUCCGCGGCGAUCGACCCGAUGAUCGGCAUGCUGUCCAAAGAUAAGCGCAGCAGAAGUGGCUCGCGCAGCCGGAAGUCGCGCUCGCGCUCGCGCGGCCGCAGCCGGCGCUCCAGGUCGCGCAAAAGAUCGCGCUCGCGCCACCGACGCUCGCGAUCUCGUCAUCGCCGUCGUUCGCGCUCGCGUUCCAAACGCUCGAGAUCGAAGGAGCGCCGGCGCAGCUCGCCGUCGCGCCGACGCAGCGGCUCGCGUAGCCGCCACAGAUCACGUUCCAGAUCACGUCGAUCAAGAUCGCGUCGAUCACCGUCCAGAUCGAAGGAGCGCAAAAAGAGAUCGCCACGACGUCGUAGUCGUUCACGCUCGCGCAGCAAGCGCUCCAAGUCUAGAUCCAGGCGUUCACGCUCCAAAUCCAAAUCCAGAUCGUCCAAGUCCAAGUAUUCAGACAAGUCCAAGGACAAGGAACGGGAGAGGCGCAGCAAGGACAAGUCGGACAACGGUAAGAGGAGCGACAGCGAUCGCGAGAGGCCUGAGAAGGAGAGCAAGAGCGAGAAGAAGAGAUCCAGCAAAGAGAAGAAGUCCAGCGACAAGUCGGAAUCGAAGUCGGAGGAGAAAGGUAGAUCCGCUUCGGAGAGCAACGACAGCAAGGAAAAGACCACCGAAUCGGAGAGCUAGGCGGGAGAGACUGCGCGACUCGACGGAGUUUCAUUCGUAUUCGACAGUUUCGUCAGUUUUUGAAAGUCAUCUUUCAUCUCUAUGUAUUGAUACAGUAACGAAAAGAAAGAGAGAAAAAAGAUA